AUGCCCAGCCCAGCCCGUCUCCCUCUGCCAGGCGCCCGUCCCUGCAAUGCCAGGAGCUUUGGCCACAGCUCUCUGGUGUGCGAGUGCAGCGCCUCCUACUGCGACACGCUGGACCCCGUGGUGCUCCCCGCUCUGGGCUCCUUCGCCAAGUACGAGAGCAGCAAGGCGGGCAAGCGCCUGGAGCGCAGCGAGGGGACCUUCCGGAGCAACGCCUCCACCCCAGAGCGGGUGCUGAAGCUGGACACGGCGCAGCGCUACCAGAAAGUGAAGGGCUUCGGCGGCUCCGUCACGGACUCCGCCGCCAUGAACAUCCUGUCCCUGUCCCCAGAGACCCAACGCCACCUGCUCGCGUCCUACUUCACGGAGGAAGGGAUCGAGUACAACAUGGUCCGGGUCCCCAUGGCCAGCUGCGACUUCUCCACCUACCCCUACAGCUACGCCGACACCCCCUCCGACUUCCAGCUCCUUAACUUCCACCUGAAGGACGAGGACACCAAGCUGAAACUGACCAACACCCGGGACAGGAAAAAGGAUCUUUUCUACAAGCAGCCCAUGUUCUACCACAUGGGGCAUUUCAGCAAAUUCAUCCCCGAGGGCUCCCAGCGCAUCGGGCUGGUCGUCUCGAAGAAGAGCUGCCAGCCUAGCUUGGAGUCCGUGGCCUUCCUGCGCCCGGAUGGCGCCGCCGUGCUCGUGAUCCUGAACCA